AUGGCAGCCCUUGAUCUUCAUCUUAUGGCCUCUGUUUUUGGCAUUCUGGGUACCAUCUUCGCCUUCCUUGUCUACCUUGCCCCACUACCAACAUUUUAUAGGAUUUUCAAGACAAAGUCUGUUCAAGGUUUCCAAUCUAUACCCUAUUCAGUGGCAUUGUUUAGCGCCAUGUUAAUGCUCUAUUAUGGCUUCCUCAAGACACAUGCUUUAAUUCUCAUCGUGGUCAAUUCCACUGGCAGCUUCAUCGAAACUGUGUACCUUGUAAUGUACUUGAUUUAUGCACCACCAAAAGUCAGGAUUUUCACAGUAAAGCUGCUUGUCUUGUUUAAUGUCUUGGCUUAUGGUUUGAUCUUAGGGGGUACAAGCCAAAUCUCAAAUGCUAGUCGGCGGUUGACAGUUGUUGGGUAUAUCAAUGUUGUGUUCAAUGUCUCUGUGUAUGCUGCUCCUCUUAGUAUUAUGAGGCUGGUUAUUAAAACAAAGAGUGUGGAAUACAUGUCAUUCUCAUUGUCACUCUGCUUAACCCUUUUAGCUGUUGUGUGGUUCUUCUAUGGCCUUUUAAUAGAAGAUUUAUUCAUAGCGGCACCGAACAUCUUAGGGUUCGCCUUUGGGAUUGCGCAGAUGAUUAUGUUCUUAGUCUACAAGAAAAAAAAGAAAGUUGCCUUACCAGAAUGUAGUCUAAAUGAUCAGAUACCAAACACAGACAGGGUUGCUACUGUAGAAAAUUAUGACAUAGUAACAGCAGGUGAAACUAAUACUCAAACUCAAUUGGAAGUGGGGGAUAAAGAAGAGUUCAGAAGCUGA